ACUGCUGUCAUUCAGGAAACCAUCAACGUUUUGCUUCUGACGUGGUAUCGCUGGCUGGAGUUUGGUGCCGGGACAGAAAAAGGUUACUAAAAAUUAGUUUUUCACAGUAAUCUAGGUUGAUAUUUUUGUGAUUACUAGUCGAAAAAUGAAACUAUUAGGGUUUCUGUUACUAUUGGCUAGUUGCCUAAUAUCUGCCGUCUGGACAACAAAAACAGUGUCAAAAUACAUAACCCAAUUGGAGCAGGACCGAUAUCAGAGUAUAUUCACCGAAGGUCUCCGUUCAAAUGAUUUACAAUCCGUGUAUUACUCAUCGGCGAAUGUAGCUGGGGCGGACAAAACACAGGAUGCCUGCAAGCGACUUAACACAAUUUACGGAGAAUCCAAGCUGAAUGAUUUCGAAAAGAACUACUACCUUACGGGAGCUUGGAAGAACUUUGGAUGCAAAGAGGCACUCCCGACUAAAGUUAAAGAUUCAGUGAAAAACGCGCUACAGAAAGAUUCCAGUUCCUCACAGGAAAUUUACUUCAACCUUCAUUCAGCCAAAAACCUAAACCUCCCAAUCGAUGAAGCGGUGAAAACUCAACUGGGAAAGAAUCUACAAGCUUUACUGAAGAAAGACGAUUCUUUGGGUAGUCUUGGACAUGGCUUUGCUGUCGCAGCGGAGCUCGGUAGUCACGGUGCCUUUGCCCACGAUCGCGUAGAAGAAGCUUUCGUUCAGGCUGAUGAAGUUGAUGGAAAAAUGCUGCAAUUCGAGGGAGGACUAAGUAUCACCGCUCUGAUUGUGAAUGGUGCCUUCAAGUUAUCUAACGGUCUCAAGAAACCGGUUCCUAUUAAUGCUGAACAAGCGACCAAAUUUGCCACCUACUUCUUAUCCCGUUCUUCGAUUCAAACACCGAAAGGAGUUAGUAUUUUAUUGGAGGCUUUGAACACUUUAUCCGCACAGAAAACUAUUGCACCAAUUUGCGUUAUGCUUGCCGGCAACGGACAACUACUGCCAGAAUCUCCUGUCCUGAGCGUGAAGGUGAGCGAUUUACUCGGAAAACCGUUAAGCCCAGCUUUGGCGGUCGUUACAGCUACUAUUACACCAAAGGCAUCCAGUCAGCCACUGGCUAGUAAGGUUAAUUUAGUUCCCAGUAAUGCCGAUCCCAGCGUGUUUACUUAUAAUUUGAAAUCGCUGAAUCCACCACGUGGUCAGUAUAAAAUUGACAUCGAUGCCGGCGGUUACAAACAAUCGUUGAAGGUGAACGUUCUCGGAAAGGUAAAGGUUAGUUCGCUGGAGAUCGGUGUGGGAGAUUCCGACAGUGUUGCAACCAUUAAAAAGCACUCCGUCAGCUUCGCCAACAAACUGGAUACAGAGCUAUCAGCUGACGCUCAGCAGAAGAUUGUCCUGAAAGUCCAACUAAUCGACGAGGCCAGCGGAAAACCACUUAGUGUUCAUCAAGCAUUCGUUCUGUUGCGUAAUAAGAACACCCAGCAGGAGAUCAUUUUUGUCGCCGAAGCAGAUUCCUCAAAAGCGUACAAAUUUGAAAUGGAUGUUGGUGCCAGAAGUAACGAUUUCGGUUACAAGAGUGGAGUUUAUUCGGUUGAGCUAAUCAUCGGGGACGCCCUCAUAUCUAAUUCAUUCAAAUGGUUGCUUGCAGAUGUUAACAUCAAAUUCACUGGUGAAACACCCCAAGAAACUAGCAAUCAUCCACGUCGACCCCUACCAGAAAUUAUCCAUCAGUUCCGUGUACCGGAAAAGCGUCCUGCCAAGCUAGUUUCGGAUCUCUUUACCGGUCUUUGUCUAGCUCCGUUGGCUUUGCUAUUAAUUCUGUGGGCCAAACUACGCGCGAACGUAUCCAAUUUCCCCCUGUCACUAAGUGCGCUUGGAUUCCACCUGGGAUUGGGAGCUAUGCUGGUCCUGUUCGGCAUAUUCUGGCUGCAACUGAACAUGUUUGACACGAUUCGUUAUCUAACCCCGCUGGCACUGGUAACUUUCCUGUGUGGAAACCGGCUGCUGCGAAAGAUCGCCGGACGAUGCUCGGAGAAGUAGACGCUGCAAGGAUCUCGUUUUGCCUCGAGGCAAGCACACGUACACUCACUGAAACACCUACGUAACAUUCCCUCGAGUUGCAGUCGGUGAUGAUGGGUUUACCAAAUAACUGAUAGGUUCCGACGAGUGGCAUUUGAUGAUGAGUCAAUAUUUUCAGUUUUAAUGGAAAUAAUCUGCUGAAGAUAGUCCAGUAAAGUUAUUAAUUUUAGCUGUCCUGUAGCAAAAUAAGCCGAACCGAUAAAGCGAAUAAAAUGAGUGGAAAUAAAGUAUGAUAAAUUCUGGAAAAAUAA